AGCAUGCAAAAAGGCAUCCAGUAAGUGUGUUUGAAAUCAUCAGCCAAGAAAGACUGUCUCCUCUUUCCUUUCGGGGUUCUUGUUGUCGAGUAUCACGAACAAUGCUUCGAUAAGGUCUGGGAUCCGGUGAUUGACGGCCCUAAGUUCCGCACGGACCCCAUGAGGUCCAGUGGUUCCCUCAUCAGUGGAGGAGCUGUAGAGGGCAUCCACAGACUGUGUUACAGGAGGGGCAGCUUGAAGAUAGCGAAAAAGGAUGCACAGAGCUCCAAACCCCUCGAAAGACCGCCAACCGCCAACGAUUGAGGCCCUCCAUCCGCCACCACAUCGUUACGAAGAGGUAUUGAUGUUUCUGCGUUUCUGCCCAUCCGAGUUUUUGGAGUGCAGUUGUAAUCUGGAACAGGCAGCCAGCAUUUGUAUUUGCGUCAUAAAAUAGCUGCUGGCAAUCAGUUGGUCUUCUAUACUAGCUAGUAAGCGGUCCUAUCUCCCAUCUCAGGGAGCAAAAAAGCAAGGUGUUGGAGGCACAUCCUGCUUGCUUACCAAGGUACUUGUGCUGACGACAUGACAAAGACGCCUAUUGAGGAUAGAGAGGAUUCAAAGGAAAAGAAACAGGCAGCCAAGCCUGCUGCCAAAAAGAAAGCCGCAGCCAAAGCUGCUCCUCCUUCUGGUGUCAUGAACGUAGCUGAACAAGAUCCCCCACGCCAUGCCAAGAAACGGUCUUUGCUAGCCAACGAGAACGAGGUUGCUGCCAAGAAGGCUCGGGCCCACAGUCAGCAACCGACCCUACCACCUUCUUGUUUCCAAGGCGACCUCUCCUUGAAAUCUGAAGGGGGCAAUAGGAAGGCAGCACCUUCCGAGACCCUGCAUACGGAGCCAUUGCAUUUGAGCGGGACCCUUGAAGUAGCAAAAGUGCCGAGCAGAGAAGACGAGAAGGACGACGACGACGAGAAGCUUGACGAUCGACUAACGUUUCCAGAGAGACUGAUGCAUCUUCUCCAGCACGAGAUACAGCCAAAGGCUCUCUGGUGGCAAAAAGACGGAGUUUCCUUUGGAUUUGAACCCAAAUUGUUCACGGACAAGGUACUGAACAAGCUCUUCCCCACCAAGAUCAAGUUUGAGAGCUUUAUUCGCAAGCUCAACAGAUGGGGGUUUCGAAGAGUACCUGGCCAGGGACUUCCUCCCAAUGGGGCGGCUUAUAAACAUCCGCUCUUCAAACGCAGUGACCCAAACUUGAUGAAAAGUAUGAAAUUUGGUCAGAAGGUUGAUAGCCGCAGGCCCAGCCAGCAAUUGCAGGGUCUCGUUCCCUCGACAGGAAUACUUGGUGGGCCGCAGCAUGCAGCUUUGGGACGGGCAGAGUCACAAGAUAAUCAGUCUCUUGUGGCCAUGCAAGCAUUGCAGAGUGCCCAGCACACGGCUCUUUUGCAGACAAUGGCCGGAGCACAGCAACAACAAGAUCAUCAGCAUCGCCAACAAUUACAGCUGCACCAACAAAGACAGCAACUUGCCCUCGCUGCGGACCACCUGGCUACACAAAAUGCUGCAUUGAAUAGCCUGGCUUCCAGCUCCGACAACCAACUACUAGAUCGACUAGCUCCCGCCAUUGACAGCCAACUACGAGAUCGACUGCUACUCAUGGGGCUUCCGAGAACAAUCCCGUCACUUCAAGGAGCGGCGACACUCCAACACCAACACGACCUUCCCAGCCUUCGCAGUCUUUCCAGCUUGCCUCGCGCAAGUCUCUCAACUGGGGGGCAAGGGCCCAAUGCUUCUUCCUCCACUGCCUCUGACAGAGACAUUCGCAAUGCUCUUUUGUAUGGAACAGGAUUGCCCUUAUCAGCAGCGGGGCAUCGGCGCAUCUCCACGUCCCCACCAAGCCAAAGGGAAGAGUCAUCGCUAGCGGCUGCUGCUGCGGCUGCUAUUGAUUCGCGCCGACUGUCAGUUCAAUCCUCUCAAAGAGACGAGUCAUCACUAGCCGCAGCGGCAGCCGUAUUGGACAGCGCAGCGGCGUUGUCGUCUUCUUCAAGUUUGGACGCCGCAGCCACAAGAAUAUUGCUUGGUGGCGGGAACACAUCAGGCUACACAGCCAUCCGCCGACCAAACCAGCCCGAGAACGCUGUUCUUCAUUCUUCACUUCUUUCCUCCGCACAGUUGUCAGGACAGUUCCCCAGCCAGUUGGGGACACAGUGGUCGCACCGAUUUGAACUGCUUCGUUCCCAACAGCAACAGCAACAUCAACAACAGCAGCAUCAUCAUCAUCAGCAGCAACAACAACAGCAGCAAGCUAGUUUGUCUCGGCAGGUUGGCUUACCGCAACAGCCAGGCUCAGGUUUGUCGACAACUGAACUGUGGCUCCUUCUACAGGAGCAAGAAAGACAACGCAGGCAGAAUGAGCAGAACGAUGGUCAUGGGCAGCCUUAGGUAACAGUGGAUAGCGCAGCAAUCUGGUUCUUUGGGAGUGGGAAACGACUUGGGUGGCUACAUUUGAUUUGCAGGGCUAGACUAUAGAUACGGUACUCGUACGCCCUGGCGACGAGUGAACUGUGCCACUGUGCCUUGCGCUAGAAGAGGCAUAUGCAGAAGAAAGUGCCAUAGUUCAUAACACGAGAUAGAUGAAUAUGUACAGAAAUGGAUGUGCUAGACUAUAUCCAUUGUGUUGCCAAGAGGUGGCAACCUUGUUUUUGAGCCGUUUUUGAAACCCCAACUCUUCCGAACCAUCUCUGACUCGCCGUACCGGUACCGUAC